GUCUAAACCCCAUAUGGAGCCAUAAAAGGUCUCAGUAAGAUUAAAGGAGCAGGGCUCGAGAAAUAUCUGAAAAAGGAUUUUAUGGUAAGCUUGAGGGGUAAAGAAUGUCUUAAAAUUUAUUUAUUAACAUGUCUGAAAGAUUUGAGCAAACAAUUAAAAAUUGGUAUCAGAACUCGCGAACUGCUAAACUAGAAUAUAUCUUGAAGUAAAGGAAACUUUGAAAGGAAUUUCUAAUAAUAUUGGUGUAAUCUACGAUAGGUUACUAUUGCACUCAAAACUCUCUAUUGCAGAAUACAAAACUGUGACUGAAUUGCUGAAGCAAAACCACGAAGAUAUUAUCAGAAUCUCUCAGGAACAAAAGAAAAUUCGGGAAGGAAUAUUAGCGCUCCAAAGGGAAAUCUUGUUAUACAAACCAGUAACAAAGGAGGACCUGAAGGAGUUGAUUUUUGAGAUAUCAAGCAUUAAGAAAACUGUUCAAGAAGUAAAAAGGCAAGUUUCAUGAACUUUCCUCCCUCUUCAAGAAAUAAAGAUUAUGAUGAUGCAUUGAGCAACACAGAGGAGGUAUCAAGCCUCAUUAAGCAAUUGGAAGGACUGCACCUGAGUAAAGAAAGGUCAGUCAAAAGAGAUCCUUUCUACGUCUAUCAAGAUCCCCUAAAAAUUUUCAAAAAGGAAAAAGAUAAAUUGAAACUGAAUGGCGACAAGGAAUAGGCCAGUAAUCUCAGAAACAAUAAACAAACCAACAAUUACUGGAGAAGUGGAGCCAGUUACUUCAACACAGGAGGAUCAAAUAAGAAGCUAUAGAAGGAUGGCAAGAUUGCGUUAUGAAGCACAAAGAAGGCUAAAUAAUUCAAGAGGAAGGACCCUUGAAAGCCAGUUAAACCCUGAAGCAGAAUUGGAGUUAUCUCAAAGACAGCGGGCUUCGCUGGUCCCUGCUGAGACUUUAUACUCAACAAAUUGGUCAGAACCUAGACACAGAGUUUAUCAGCAUUACUCUGAGACAAGAAUAUUGGUUAUAGGGGGACAACAAAACCUCCCUUUAAUCAAUCAAGAAAGUUUCUCCAGAUUAAGGCAAGAAGGUAUGCAGCUCAUUCAUCUUGGGUUAGUAAUGAUCAGAAUACAUGCUUUACACCGCAGGGAUGCUGGAGUAAAUGCCUUAGUAAUCCUUCGAGAUACUCGAUGGAGGGAUGAUAGAUCCAUUAUUGGUACCAUGGAGAUAGAUUUGACGGGAGGUACGCAGCUAGUAUAUAUUGCUCCCAAUAUGCUGUUAAGUAUUGAAGAUUUCUAUAAUCAUAUUGAACUGGCAAUCCAAACACAUGGCUAUGAGGAAUGGAACUCUGCAGAAUCUAAUCUAUUGAUAACCAGAGGAUUAAUAGGAAGACUGACAAAUACGAGUUAUGCUGGCUUCAGAUACAAUGUUCAGAAUGUAGCAGAUUAUCUAGCAAGUACAGGAAUACAUGCAGUAGCAGCGUCUCCAAGAUCGAUAACUGAUUUACAAGGCAUGAGAUGGAUUUUGCAACCUCCUACAGAAUCACAAAUAAGAAAUCCUCAAGAAGUAAGAACUUCAACCUUAUUAGAUGGUUCUGUUGCACUAACAUUUCAGGGAUAUAAAGCAACAAAAAGGCAGGAGCCCAGAAGAAUUAGUAGUGUUGAUACUGAAAGAAUUACAGAUGAAGGAGAAGAAGAAUUUGCUGGGGUAUUCAUAAGUGAAUUAUCUUUACCAUCAGACAUUCCUUCAUAUGAAUAUCCAAAUUGGGACACUGAUGAUGAAGAAGAGGAAAGACAACAAGCAAGAACAAAAAUAAAUUCAAAGAAGGACGAUGGGAUACCCUUGGUGAACCAAGCGGUAAGUACGAUUAUAUGGUUAGAUAUGAUAUCCCAGAUAGUUUUCUUGAUACAGAAAUGCCACCACCCACGGGAUGGGAAGAUGAAAAUAAUGAGGCAGUAACAUCCAAAGUAACAAUAUCUGAAGCAGUGUUUCCGAAUAUUUGAGAAGACACACCCUGGGAAGAUGACCCAGAGUUUGAACUAGAAGACUUACCAACACCUCCCAGAGAAGAAUAUUUUCAAGAAGAAGAAGAAGACGAUGAUAGAGAAGCUUAUUUUCUGGGUCUAGAAAACCUAGAAAAUGAAUAUCCAAGCUUAUCCCCCACAACAGUUUUACAGCAACCACGAUGGGAUGAUGAAGAUGAAGUAUCUGAUGAAUACUGGCAAAAUAUAGUUGAACAAGUUGAAAGAAUUGAAGAACACUAUGAAGCGGAACAAGCCAUGACCAAUGAAGUCAGAAGACUUUCUAUUCAGGAAGAAACAACAUCACAAGAAGGUAAUGAACCUAAUGAAUGGUUAUCAUAUGCAGGACAAAACAAUGAAGCAGCUCAUAUGGGAACGGAUUCUAUUAUGGAGCAGCUUGAAACUCUGGAUUACCACCCACAGGAACCAUUAAUGGGGCAGGUAAAUUACCCACCAGCACAAAUUGAGAACAGAACAAUACAAGUAGAAGCUCCAGCUAUAAAUGGAAGAUUCAGACCCCGAGGGAUUAACCACCAACCAUGGGCACUCCCUUCAGCUCAAACAAAUGACGGAGCUAUACUAAUUCUCCCAGAAGACAUAGGUCAGUAUUCUGAAGUUAUUUCUCGUUGGGAAUCAAUUACCAACAAUUUAGUUAACCAAAAAACCUGGUUAGAUAAUGCUCAGAAAGUUCAAUUUAUUGAAAAUCUAUUGGGAGAAAAUGAGAAAAAAAAUGUGGAUACAAUGGCGUAUGGUCUACGCCGCAGAGUAUGAAGCUCUGAUCCAAAUAGCUGGUGAAACACAAAAUAUCUUGUCUGCUAUUAGAAGGUCAUUUCUGUUGGAAGACCCAUACCAGGGUUCAACAGUAGAACAAGAUCAGGCGUAUAUUGACAUAGAACGCCUCACAUGUCAUAACAUGAAAGAUAUUUUUAAUUAUCUUAAUGAUUACAAAAUUUUGGCUGCGAAAUCUGGAAGAAUGUUUAUAAGUCCUGAAUUAUCUGAUAAGCUAUUCAGGAAAAUGCCACCAAUAAUUGGAAAUGAAGUUGAAGCAGCAUUUAAAGCAAAAUACCCGGCAAAUCAGGUUGGUGUUAUUCCUCGAAUACAUUUUACAUAUCAAUAUUUGGCAGAAAUAUGUAAGAAAGCAGCUAUACAAAAAAGCGUCAAGGAUCUGGCUUUUUGUAGUAAAAUACCCAUUCCUGGGUAUUAUAACAAGCAAAAGAAAUAUGGGCUCCGCAAAGCAAAGAUUUAUAAAGGUAAACCUCACGAUUCUCAUGUUCGUGUAUUUAAGAAAAAGAAGGUAGAUCAGCAGAAGAAGUGCAAAUGUUUUAUUUGCGGAGAACCAGGACAUUUUGCCCGGGACUGUAAAAAGCAAACAGGAAAUAUUGCCCGUGCAUCAAUUAUAGAACAGUUAGAUUUACCAUCGGAUUAUGAUGUUCUCUCAGUAGACCUAAAUGAGGCAGAUUCAGAUGCUAUUUGCUCUUUUUCUGAAGGAGAAACUGGAAUAGGUUAUAUUAAUCUUAUUCUUGAUGACACUCCUUGGAUACAGGAUACCAUCUAUAUGUUAGGAGCAGAAAAUUGUGGAUGGAGAAGUCAAGUCUUCGUUGGAGAUAAAAUGAAAAAUU